UAUGAAGGGUGUUAUCGUCAAACGACUGCACGUCAUUGUUAGAUUUCGAUCUGUCCGCUGUCGACGUUGAAUUAAUGUACAUUAUUUUUGCGUUUUCUGUCUAUCAUUAAUGUUAGUAAGCACUGGUUAUUGCAUUUAUUAUCACAGGGACUCUUGUGAUAGCUACAAAGGCGCGUCUUCGUGUCUAAUGCUGUGCUAUCAGGGCUAACAGUUAGCCUAAUUUAAAAACAUCGUUGUAUUUACAGAUUCAGAAAGGCAAUUAAACAGUUAUAAUAGCUUCAAUUUCUGUCUACCAACAUUUUCUGUUCAUUAAAAACCUGAAAAAAUGUUGGUAAUGUUAAACGUCAUGAAAAUCAGAUAUUUCCUUUGUAAACACAGUGUAUGUUGCUAAAUGUUAACGUCUUGAGCAAAGAAACAAGUUCUCUAUUCACUUGUUAGUUAAUUUCCUGUGUAUUACGUUGAUGUGUCAAGCGGAACUGUCUGUUGUGUCGACGGGCAGAGUAUUUGGCUCAAUAACACUGUAAGACAUUGUAUGUGUCACCUGGAGAGAGAAGAUCAUGGCAGAUGACAAGGAUGUGCUGAGAGAUGUUUGGUUUGGAAGGAUACCGGCCUGUUUCACACUUUCUCCUGAGGAGACUACAGACAGAGAAGCUGAACCUUACUAUCUUCUUCUCCCGCGGGUCAGCUACAUGACACUGGUCACUGAUAAAGUCAAGAAACACUUUCACAAAGUCAUGAAGGGAGAGGAAGUAGAGAUGUGGUUCGAGUAUGAGGGAACGCCUCUUAAAUGGCAUUACCCCAUUGGGGUGUUGUUUGAUCUUCAUGCCUCAAACGCCGCUCUCCCUUGGAAUGUGACAGUGCACUUUAAGAACUUCCCAGAACAUGAAUUGCUUCACUGCUCAACAAACUCUGUGAUUGAAGCACAUUUCAUGUCUUGCAUUAAAGAGGCGGAUGCACUCAAACACAAGAGUCAGGUUAUUAAUGACAUGCAGAAAAAGGACCAUAAACAGCUGUGGAUGGGUCUACAGAAUGAUAAAUUCGACCAGUUCUGGGCCAUGAAUCGUAAACUUAUGGAGUACCCCACUGAAGAGGGUGGCUUCCGCUAUAUUCCCUUCAGAAUAUAUCAGACGAUGAGUGAGAGACCGUUUAUUCAAAAGCUUUUUCGCCCCGUCUCCCCUGAGGGCCACCCGCUCACACUGGGAGACCUGCUGAAGGAUCUGCUUCCUGCUGCCAUAUGUGUGGAGGAUGAGCCAAAGAGAUACCAGGUUAUGAUUCAUGGCAUUGAACCCUUGCUGGAGACGCCCAUUCAGUGGCUGAGCGAACAUUUGAGCCAUCCGGACAACUUCCUCCAUAUCAGUGUCAUCCCAGUACCAAGCGACUGAUUCCAGACAAUUGGUUUGAACAGUGAUUGAGAAUUCUGGAUGUAAGAUCUUCAGAGGUGGUCUUAUGGCGUUCCUGGCCUUCCUAUAUUCUCAUCCUCACCCCUGCAGUGGCCUUAUGGAGCAGUGGUCAUCUUAACAACAGAAUCCAAAUUAGUUUAUUAUAUAUGAUUUAAAGCUCUAAGAUGGGCGUCUUGUGUGUUUGCUGCCUUGAAAUUCUUCCAUGGAUAUGUUUGCGCAACCUUGCCUAACGUGACUGUACUCCCUUCACUCUUUCUUUGAUGAUAUAGUUUGAUUAUAAACAAGGCUUAUGGAAGCUGUCAAAAGUAAGAAGAAAUUCUGUCAUAAAACUAAACCCAGUAAUGGGAUUUCAGCCGUAGCAAGCAUGACGUCACGUACAUGAUCUGAUGUAUCAGUGUGUCCGAUUCUGACAUACAUGGGGGGAAAUUGCCACAGUCUGAUUAGUCAUUGAGGGAGUAAAUGUCUCUUUUCCAGUCAGCGUUAAGGUCAGGAUUUACCUUCAGAAGAGGUUUCAAUUUGUUUUGGGUAUUCUUGUCCAUCUGCGUAAAGAGAAGCUUUUCUUCAUUUAGAGCUCAAAAAUGGUCUUUGAAUGAUCUCAUGUUACACAUCACACUGUUGCAUACAAAUGAAGCUUCGAGUAUGUUUUGACCAUAUAUUUACAACCUGUAGGCUGACUGGCUGUCUGUGUUAAGGGGGAUGUGGGGACUCCAGACGAAACACAGCUGAGAGUGAUUAUUCGUUUAGAGGAAUCAGUGAGUGUUUUAUCCCAGACAGACCGAAUGGGGGGUAAAACCACAGAGCUUACGCCACUAACAGGCGACUUCAGGGCAGACUCUUCCCGAAACAAACAUCUGAGAGUUCAAAUAGCAUUGUAUUUUCUAUUAAAUGACUUCUUCACACUUCUAAUGACAGGUUAAAGGAUAACAGCAUGUUUCGGCUGUACUUUUUCUUUCAUUUUCAUGCCAUGAUUGCUUUUUCGUCUGUGUUCGAUUAAUUUGAAAGCAUUUAAUUAAAACAAACAUUUUAUAGCUA